AUGAACCACAUAGCUUUUAUUAUUGUAUCAUUUCUUAUAUUCUACAAAACUUUUGCUUUUAAAUAUUUUAACAAUUGUAGUGAUGGUCCUGCUUUUGAUGGCAUUGACGACAUUGUAUUCCUGUCAAAUCAUCAGAUUGAAUUAAUAUUAGAAGGACCAAAACAAGCAGAAAAUUCCGAAAAAACAAAUGAAUGGGUAAAUGAAUACACUGAGAACAGUAUCUUAAAUGUGGAUGAUUGUACGAAUGGAACCUUUAAUUGUAAUACAAUUUAUCAAGGACAAUAUCAUUACACGCGGGCUGACAAUUAUGAUCCCAACCAUUUUUUCUCUCCAGGAGAGAAUAUCGGGGUUGGAUUAACUGUAUAUGCUAAAUGUUUUCAACAUAUAGAAACGGUUUGUUUAACUUCUUGUUGGUUUACCGCUGGCAUAAUUUAUAAUCCACCAUCAUAA